AUGGCAUCGCCCUCGCUGCCGUCUCUCCUCCUCCCCUUCCUCCUGGUCGCGCUUCUCACGGACAGCGGGCGGACGGACAGCGGCUGGGACCCCGCCGGAUACCUGCUCUAUUGCCCUUGCAUGGGGAGAUUUGGAAACCAAGCAGACCAUUUUCUAGGAUCUUUGGCAUUUGCUAAGAUGGUGAAUCGGACCUUAGCUUUGCCUCCUUGGAUUGAGUACCGCCAUCACAGGCCUCCUUUCACAAAUCUACAUGUUCCAUACAAGGAAUACUUCAAGAUUGCACCUCUGCUGCAGUACCACCGUGUCAUCACCUUGCAGGAGUUCAUGGAGAAGCUGGCCCCUGUCCACUGGCCACCUGGCCAAAGAGUGGCCUAUUGCUUUGAAGCAGCGGCUCAGAGAAGUACUGACAAAAGGACUUGCCCUAUGAAGGAUGGAAACCCUUUUGGGCCCUUUUGGGAUCAGUUUGAUGUGGAUUUCGACAGGUCAGAGCUGUUUGGAGGCCUUUCCUUCAGUGCCUCUUACAAGGACCACUGGAUCCGAAGGUUUCCAUCCUCUGAACAUCCUGUGAUUGCCCUUCCUGGUGCACCAGCCCAGUUCCCAGUUUUGGAGGAGCAUCGGUCGCUGCAUCGAUACAUGGUGUGGUCUGAUGAAAUGGUGGACAAGGGCGAGUUCUAUAUUAAGUCGUUUCUGGUCAGACCCUAUGUUGGGAUCCAUUUGCGUGUGGGUUCAGACUGGAAGAAUGCCUGCAAUAUGUUGAAAGAUGGCACAGCUGGAUCACACUUAAUGGCUUCACCACAAUGUGUGGGCUAUGAUCGGAAUACUGCCACCCCCCUAACCAUGGACAUGUGUUUGCCAGACCUGAAGGAGAUCAAACGAGCCCUCAAACUCUGGGUGAAGAGGAUUGAUGCAAAAGCUGUGUACAUUGCCAGUGAUUCUGAACCCUACACCAAAGAAAUACAGCAGCUUUUCAAACAAAAGAUAAAAGUGGUGCAUUUGCAACCUGAAGUAGCCCAGAUCGAUUUGUACAUUCUUGGUCAGUCUGACCAUUUCAUUGGAAACUGUGUUUCCUCCUUUACGGCCUUUGUGAAACGAGAGCGUGAUGUGCACGGGAGGCCGUCCUCCUUUUUCGGCAUGGACCACCCCCCCAAGCUGCGUGACGAAUUGUAGCUGGCAGCAGAAGAGAUGGCUCUUGGCGCUCUGCGGUGGAUCCCCAACUUUCAAGGCCCAAUGCAAAUCUGGCAGUUGUGUGCGUCUGGAUGGGUAUAGUUUGGAGAUUCAUCCUGGUUUAUGAGUGGCCCAAAUAGAGAAAAAGGUGACUUUUAGGUCAUUCCUCUUCUCUUUGUGCUACAGGUGAAUUGGCCAGUCUACUCCGUUUAGUACCUGAGCUUCCCUGCUCUCCUUUCUAUGCUGUCUUACUACCUCUUUUGAAAUUGAUGGCACACAUGGUGCUUGCUUAAUACAUACUGUACUGUUCUCACAACAGUGUGGUCAGUGGUGGAAAAUAUUCAGAAGCUCAGAAUGGAGAACCAAACAGUCUAAUUUAAAUUACGGAAGUGUUUAAAUUACGGACUUGCUUUAUAUGGUUCACUUUAACAAUCUGCAGAAUGGAUUUAAUUCCUAUUUCCCAUGCCACAAAUGGGAGACAAGGAAAACGAAUUCGCUAUUAUCUGUGACACUUCUUAGGAUCGUUAGAGGAAUGUUAGUUCUUGUAACACUGGUGCUCUCUGGACCAGCAAUAGUGUCUGCAGUGAUCUGGACAGCAUGGCUGAUUAAACCUGGAUACAUGGAGAUUUUUUGAAAAUCAUACUUUAAGAGCCUUUUUUCCUAAUUUGCAUGAAUCACAGUCUCAGCAUUGUACAAAAUGGAAGUUUUAGCCAAGGAAUAAUUUUAGAAUAUCGUAAUCAUUCUUAUGAAAAUAUUAUCCUCUGGACACCCUUACAAUUUUGUAGGGAGUGCAUAUAACCAUUAGAACAUACACUGCUUGCAGUGGGUCAGUCUCUUCCUAAGUUGUCUCUUCUGCAAAUCUAGUCUGACUUCCAUCUUGAAACUAUUGUAUUCUUUUAGAACCUGUUAGAACAGGGAAAAUGCCAUUUUAACCCUAUAAGUCUCUUCUCUUCUCUUACAUUUUUCAAAUAAUCCUUCUAGUGUUUUUGAAGCUCUGGGUUCUUAAAAAGCUCUGAAAGAAAUAACCACUAAGCCUACUUUUAAUUUACUUUCAGAUUAUUUUCAAAGAGAAAACGGUUUUUAAAAAAGACUUCUACCUGUCCCUUAAGUGUUAUCACAAGUUUCUCUCUCUAUGUCUGAACUAUAUCAGUGAAGCACCUCUAGAAUUCUUUGUGAAUCAACAGUAGCCAGCAGAUCUGCAGAAUUAUCAGUUACCUUUUUCUGACAAUAUUUAUUAUUCAAGUAAUAACAGAUAACAGUGACAAACAACGGAUUCCGGAUUGUGAGCAUUGACAAAUUGACCUGGUGAUUGCUGCCAACUUGGUUGAGUUUCAAAGGGGACUGGACACAAAUACAAGUUCUGAGUAUUAGUUACAAUCUGCCAUUGGCAGCCCUAUCCUCCACGUGUUUAUGUGAUAUCUCUUUGAAGCCUCAUAAACCAGGGGUCAGUUUCACAUUGGGUGAAGGCAAAUCCUUUAAUUAUGUACUCCAGGAAGAACCUCUUUGUCUUGGCAAUCCCAGUUCCUAUUGCCAAUUUAUUUCAUUCGAACAGGCCAUGUGAGUGUCAAUUUCAUGUCCAUAUUUUUCUAGUCGUCUGGCCAUUGUCUUCCUUUUUCAUUGUUGUACAUUUUUCCCUCCCAUAUGAUUCUUCCACAGUUAAAAUACAAAUUUGAAAAUAGAUGUCUGUGUUUCUACUAUUAAGAGAGAAUUUCCCCUCCCAUAUAAUUCUUCCACAGUUAAAAUACAAAUUUGAAAAUAGAUGUCUGUGUUUCUACUAUUAAGAGAGAAAUGGCCCCUAUUGCUUUCGCCAUACCACUCAGAACUUUGAAAAUAUUCUCUCUUAUAUAAGAAGUUAAGGUUAUGGUACAUGGAGUCACUUUGGAACUUCAUUUUGGAGCUCUUAGCUAGCUCUGAAGCAUAAGCAUUCAUAUUUGUAGGUUUCCUAAUUCUGGCCAAGCAAGGUCUGUAAAGCAGAAGAGAAUCUCUUGUAUUUGAGCUUCAAACAGCUUGUUGUUGGGUGUGUGUGUGUGUAGGAAAUGCCAAGCUCUCCAAUUAAUAAAAUACAGGCAUUGAAUAAGGACCCUUGCAUUUGUGCUACGAGAUAGCAGGAACUGAAAACUGGAGUUAGCUGGAAAUUGUGGGCUUUGACUCCACAAGUACUUUGAUAUUCUACAUUUAAAUGACGGGCUCAGGAUCGAGAACUUCAGGGUAUCUAUUUGUGCCAUGUAAAAUAGCAAAAGCCAUAUUUUAAUAUUUUUAAUUAAACAUACAAAAAUAACUUUGUAUUCCUUUUCAUAAUAAAAAUAGUCCUCUUAUGCCUGUUUUUGACUUGAAUUAUAUAUAUUUGUAACUCC